UGGGUUGGCAGCAAGGCUCUCUAGCUUCUCCCCCAAUAUUGAACGCGAUGUUGCCAUCAUCCUUCGAUCCUCCUACUAAUAAGAAAGCGAUGCAAUUCGUUGCGCGACAGUUGACGACAGCAGCCGUUGGAACUAACAAUGCAAAGCAACAAAGGCUCAGCGACGUGCAACCCGAAGCGUUAACAGCAUCGCACGCGGUAUCUGCCGCAUGCUCACGUAUUACCCAAUAUGGGAUAUAUCCUUCGACGUUGCAUAUGUCUUUACGAUUGGCAGUGUGAUAUGGGUCAUCAACGCAUUUUUUGUAUGGUUGCCACUCGUGCGACCUGACACCGAGUUUGAGAAUGAAGAACUGUAUGGUGGGGGCAUAACUGCAUUUAUUGGAGCUACAGUGUUUGAGUUUGGUUCAUUCCUGCUCAUGGCUGAAGCUGUGAAUGAGAAUAAGUCGGGAUGCUUUGGAUGGGCACUUGAGCAAGCCCUGUCGCACGAGGGUGGUGAUGACCAAACUGGAGACGGGAAACUCAAACCCUCAAAGUCGCAUUGCAUGCAUCACCAUCUGUUGAAGGGAAAAUCAGCUUCAGCAGCUCGCUCAUGGGUAUGGUGGCCCUCGAGAACAGAUCUACGGACGCACUAUAUCUACAACAUCGGCUUCCUCGCCUCUUUCUCCCAACUCUGCGGUGCCACAGUCUUUUGGAUAUCAGGUCUCACAGCCCUCCCAGGCAUUUAUAGCAGAAUGUCCCGUCCCAUCACUAUCAUCUUCUACUGGACACCGCAGGUUAUCGGCGGCCUAGGCUUCAUCGUCUCUGGCACGCUCUUCAUGCUGGAAACACAGUCCAAUUGGUGGAAGCCGGCGCCUCGGACACUGGGCUGGUGGAUUGGGGCGUGGAAUCUAAUUGGUGGUAUUGGGUUUACGAUUUGUCCGGCGUUUGGGUUUGAUACAAGUAGUUGGAGCCAGUAUCAGGCUUGUCUAUCUACAUUCUGGGGAAGUUGGGCAUUUCUUGUUGGGAGUGUAGUACAGUGGUACGAGUGUCUGGAGAAGUUUCCUGUGGUGCAGAAGAGUGACAAAAAUUCAGCGGCAGCUAAUGGUGGAAUGUGAUGGUAUGGCGAAGUUUGAUACACGAAAACCUGGGACGGUCUAUGAAGCAAGGAGGUCAUGUGUGCCACACGUGUUGGUGCAGUGCUCUUGCCUGUUCCAACAAGCACCUUCUGCCCCUUGGCUGCACGAGACAUACGUCAUAUAAACAGACCCUGCUGAUGGCCUGG